AAAACAACUAGAAAUUACACAUAGGAGUACAACUGGUGUAUGCUACUUAAGUCGACAUAUAUAAGUAGUAUGUAUCACCGAUUGAAAGUGGAAUCUCUGGUGGUAGAAGGUUGAGAAAAUCUAAAAGAAGAGAACGAAAACAGAGAGAGUGAUUGAUAUGAAAAUGAAGAAACAAUAAAGUCUGAGCCAAUUGAUGAAUAUUUUGCAAAUGAAGUAUUUACUGUUGGGAUCUCAGAUUUUACCAAGAUAUUCCGUAAUGUUGUACUUGAAUACAUUAGAUUGUCUACACUAAUGUUCUCUUUCGACUAUCUAAUGGGCCUUUUUUGUGGUGAUAAAACUAGCCUGUCUUAUUUUUCGGAAUCCAUUUGAUGAGUAAUUCUGAGUUAGUAUUUUAGUUUUUUUCUAAACUUCGGUAAAGUUGUUUCUUCCCAACUGUUUUAAAUUUAGACAGUUAACCAAAAUGAGUGCAGAUGAUUUUGGUGAACUACUUACGGAAGCGUCAAAAAACAUUAACGAACUGAUAAUGCUGUCCAAAUCUAAAAAAUAUGAUACAGAAGAUUUUGACGAGUUGUUACGAUCAUUUCUUCCUAGUCAUCUGACAAAAUAUCGUACAAAAGUUGCUGUUGAUAUAUUGUCAAAAACAUCGGUUUUCGUAAAUCUUGUAUCAGUUUAUCGGGAAUUGGGAAGAAUGGCUAUUCCUUUAAGUUAUUCUACAUUCAAUCCACUCCCUUGUGAAAAAUGGGUCAUCAAGCUGAUAGACUUUCAACAAUUUUUGUCAAAUUAUAUGACUGUCAGUAUAAGCUUUACACGGAAAUUGAUUAAAUCUGAUAUAUAUUUGAUGGAAGUACGGCGUAUAUUAAAUGCUAUAAACACCAUGAAAAUGUCCGAGCUUGUACGGUCAUUAACGGAUUACAUGAUUUCUGGAUUGAAUACUGCACUAAUUUAUGAAAAUGAGUUCAUUACACAAAGGCUUAGAGAUUAUAGUAUGCGCAGCAUUUUAACGCGUUAUACUUGUCGUGAUCCAAAAAUUAAGUUGGCCAUAACCAUUUUUUUAACGUUUACCUACACUGAUAUUAGUCAACUUAAUUUAAAGGAAGAAUCCAUUGAAUUAUUCUUAAACUGCUUCGAUUAUUUUAUAGAUGAAGGAAUUGAAAGUGAUGAUUUGUUUAGUGCCUUUCAGUUUAAUAAAGUGCUGCGUAUUUUGGCUUUGGAUGAUGAGAACAGAAAUGAGUUUGCCCAGCGUGCUGUUGUGGGACGCCUGAAGUUGUUGCCUAAGUCUUUAUCUAAUGGUACAGAUGAAAUAUCAUUGACCAUACGCAUUUUAUCCUCGGAACUUUCAAAUGACGAUGCUAUCACGGAGAUAAAGUUACUUGCGAUGGAAUUUUGCAACAAUAUGACUGGAAUAGAAGAUGAAGUUAGAACGUUCACUGAAGGGUAUAGUGAUGAUGAAUAUUUACCUCAAUAUCCAUCGUCUGAAAAUCAAACGGGUGACGUAGAAUGUAGUGAAGUAAUAAAAGAAAAACCUCAACUGAAUGGUCAUAUUAUGAUUAGCUACAAUCAUGAUGAUCUGGAGAUAGCGAUCAAGAUUAAAGAAAGUCUGCAGGAGGAAGAUAUCAAGAUUUGGAUUGACAAAGAACAUAUGCUUCAAGAUGUUAAGAUUUUAGAUGUUAUGGCAAGCGCUGUACAAAAUGUUGCAAUCGUAUUAAUACUUUUUUCGAAAUCAUACCAAGAUAGUGAAAAUACUAAAGCAGCGGAAUAUACUCGAAAACUAAAAAAACCGCCUAUUUUUCUGCGUGUUAAGCGAGGGUUUAUUCCAGACAGUUGGUUGGGUUUCAUGAUUGGUGAAAGUCGUUAUAUUGAUUUUUCAGGGAAAUAUCCUUUUGAAGUAAAAUUUGAAGAACUAUGCACAACGAUUAAUAAUAUUAGUCGAGGGUCGAUCACUUUGAAACAUGAGAAACGUCAGAGACAAGAGAAACCACUGGAAAAGAAACAAAAUACAUACGUUUCAAUGUAGUAUGAUAAUAUUGGUAAUCGGAAUGGAGAAUCCACCUUUUCUCAACCACUUUAAUCUAACUUCUUACAAAAUCCUGUUUAUCUCCUUAUAUAUUUUUUUUGUAUACCACUUCCUUCUUUUUAUAACUUUUGUUUGAUUUUUGUUAUCAUUUUAUUUAUUUAUUCAUCAGAAAUACUAUGCCUUUUUAAUACGCUUGUUGUUUUGUUGUAGUGUAUAAUGUAGUGGUAAUUGCCUAUGGAAAUCUAUUUUUUUGGUAUAUGAAUACUGAAGUUUAUGACUUUAAUCAGUUCAAAUCUAUAUUACAUUGGACUGAAUUAAAGUAGGAGAGUUCUUAAGUUUUUGUGAUUUGUCAUUUUCAUUGAAUGUAAAAGUAAUUGUUGAUUUUUAUCUUGCUCAUUAUCUGCACAUCAUGAGGGGUGGUGUUUAUGAAAGGAUCAAAAACGAGCGUUAGACGCUUAAACCGGGAUGGCAAGUUGCAAAAUCUUGAUUCCAAACCAUUAGUGAAU